GUGUGUUCCCCGCUGAGGGCUCGAGCGCACACCUCUGUGAGACCCGACACGAGUGUGUGUGUGUGUGUGUGUGCGCGCGUGAGUGUGUAUGUGUGUGCUGGUUUGUGCAGAGCUGUGACACACAGGAGGGAAUGACAUGAACGCUCAUGAGAGGAAGCGAGGAAGAGACCUACGUGGACAGCAAGUGUUCCUGAGAGCGGACGACACUCCUGUCUUACACUCCCUACAGGAUGCAUUGCUGCAGUUGGCCUCCAUUGUUGAUGUCAGCAGCCUUCAGACAACCAUCAAAGAUGUGCUCAGAGUCGUCCUGCCAAACGUGGAGUGUGUGUUCGUGUACCUGUUGGAGGCGGAGUCUCGGCUGCGCUGUGAAGAUCCGCCCCAUGAGGUGCCGAUGGAGGGGAAGCUCAGAGACGCGGUUAACCAGCAGAAGAGACUUGUGUGUGUCGGUCUCUCGUCAUCAGAACUACACGAGAAACACAGAAGCGCACUGACCACACCACUGCCUCCUGAUAAACGAGUUCUCAUCAUACCGUUAGUGGACCUUGAAGAAGCCAAGGUUAUAGCGCUGAUUUUGCUCUGCUGUAAAGCGCUGACAGAACAAGACGAACAAAACCUCAACGUCCUGGAAAAACACCUCACCGUGGCCUGUAAGCGAGUGAGAAACGUGCAGAGAUGCUCCAAACGGCCACACGGUCAUCAAUCCCACAAUGCACCAGUGGAGCCCAAACCACAGCCAGAGGACUACAGAGAACUCGACCACAAGAUCUUACAGCUGUGUGGUGAGCUGUACGAUCUGGACGCCGCUUCUCUUCAGCUUAAAGUCAUCAACUAUUUGCAGAAAGAAACUCAGUCGCAGUGCUGCUGUUUACUGCUGGUGUCUGAAGACAAUCACCAACUCUUCUGUCAGGUUGUUGGUGAUAAAGUUUUGGAAGAGGAAAUCAGUUUUCCACUCAUGUUCGGUCGCUUCGGGCAGGUGGUGGAGACAAAGAAAUCCAUUACAUUACAGGACGUCAGCCAGGAGGAGCGGGGGUUAUUGAGCAGCUUAUUGGGGUUCGAGCCGAACUCGAUGCUGUGUGUUCCUGUCAUCAGUCAAGCCAGGGGACAGGUGGUGGCGCUAGCGUGCACUUUCAACAAGCUCGGGGGACUGAGGUACACGGACGCCGACGAGCACGUGAUUCAACACUGUUUCUGUUACACGUCGACAGUUCUCACCAGCACACUGGCCUUCCAGAAGGAGCAGAAGCUCAAGUUUGAGUGUCAGGCUCUUCUUCAAGUGGCUAAGAAUCUCUUCACACACCUUGAUGACGUGUCUGUAUUACUGCAGGAGAUCAUCGUCGAGGCCAGAAACCUGAGCAACGCUGAGAUUUGUUCUGUGUUCCUACUGGAUCGAGUCAGUCAUGAACUGGUGGCCAAAGUGUUUGAUGGAGGAGUCGUGAGCGAUGACGAGAAGGAGUUUCGUAUCCCGGCGGAUCAGGGAAUCGCUGGUCAUGUCGCCACCACUGGGAAGAUCCUCAACAUCAAGGAUGCGUAUUCCCAUCCUCUGUUUUACCGCGGUGUGGACGACAGCACGGGCUUCAGGACCAGGAACAUACUCUGCUUCCCCAUCAAGGACGAGAACGAAGAGGUGAUUGGAGUGGCAGAGCUGGUGAAUAAAACUAACGGUCCGUGGUUCAAUCGUUUUGAUGAGGAUCUGGCGACGGCCUUCUCUAUUUACUGUGGCAUCAGUAUCGCUCAUUCUCUCCUGUAUAAGAAGGUCCACGAGGCUCAGUUCCGCAGUCAUCUGGCCAAUGAGAUGAUGAUGUACCAUAUGAAGGUGUCGGAGGAAGAGGUCACUAAACUUCUGUACACCGGCGUUGAGCCGGUCCAAAUAAUCCACCCCAACUUUGCAGAGUUCACUUACACGCCGCGAUCUCUGUCGGACGACAGCACGCCUAUGGGCGUUCUCAGCAUGUUUGAAGACAUGGGCUUCAUAAACACCUAUAAGAUCGACCUGCACACGUUAGCCAGGUUUUGUCUGAUGGUGAAGAAGGGCUAUAGAGACCCUCCGUAUCACAACUGGAUGCACGCCUUCUCCGUCUCACACUUCUGCUACCUGCUGUACAAGAACCUGGAACUAGCCAACUACCUCGAAGAUAUAGAGAUCCUGGCGCUGUUUGUGUCCUGCAUGUGUCACGAUCUGGACCAUCGAGGAACCAACAACUCCUUCCAGGUCGACUCGCAAUCCGUCCUGGCGGCUCUGUACAGUUCAGAGGGAUCUGUGAUGGAGAGACAUCACUUUGCUCAGGCCAUCGCGAUCCUCAACACACACGGCUGCAACAUCUUUGAGAAGUUCUCUAGAAAGGAUUAUCAGCGGAUGCUGGAUCUGAUUAGAGAUAUAAUCCUGGCCACAGAUCUGGCUCAUCACCUGAGGAUCUUCAAGGACCUGCAGAAGAUGGCCGACGUUGGAUAUAACCAGAAGAAUCAUACGCAUCGCAGUCUGUUGCUGUGUCUGCUGAUGACCUCCUGUGACCUCUCAGACCAGACCAAAGGCUGGAAGACCACCAGGAAGAUUGCGGAGUUAAUCUAUAAGGAGUUUUUCUCUCAGGGUGAUUUGGAGAAGGCGAUGGGGAACCGACCCAGUGAGAUGAUGGACCGAGAGAAAGCCUACAUCCCUGAACUCCAGAUCAGCUUCAUGGAGCACAUCGCCAUGCCUAUAUACAAGCUCCUGCAGGAACUGUUCCCGCGCUCAGCCGAGCUUUACGAGCGUGUGGCCGCCAACCGCGAGCAAUGGGCCAAAGUCUCCAACAAGUUCACCAUCCGCGGGCUCCCGAGCAACAACUCGCUGGACUUUCUGGACGAGGAGUUCGAGCUUCUGCAGUCGCAGGGCGCCUUCGGGGACGAAUCGCAUCGCAUGAACGGAUGCCUGGACGACGACUGCAACAAACACCACCAGUGACAUCACAGGUCAAAGGUCAUACACAGAGUUACGUCUCGCUGACAGUUACGAGGAAAGGUUCGUCUUCACGCAACGGAAUGGCGUUGUGCGGUCAGCGGAGCGUUGAACAUUUGGACAGAAAAAUAGUGCGAAUUUGCCUAAAAAAAGUUACAUUCUCAGUGGCCCCGAACUUAUUUUGAUUGAUUGAAUACUUAGAUGCUCAAAAACGUGUCCAAACCGAAGUGAAACGUUGUGUCAGCUGAGAGUUCUAAAGUGUCAGCUGAGAGUUCUAAAGAGAACAGUUACAGUGUUAUAAUGUUACAUUUUUUAGAACUUAUUGUUUCAAAGCAGCUUCACAGUAACAAACAGGAAAUAACAGAAUCACUAAUGCAAACCUAAUCAAAUACGAGACAAAUUAGCUCUAAAAAGACAGGAAAGUCAACCAGUUUUCCCACUGUUUACACGUACCAGGAGAAGCUGAAGGAAAACUAAGCCACACGGAAAUUAAUUUUUUGCUUUAAACUGGUUUCGUCUCUCAGGCGUCAGAUUUCUCCAUUCCUGAAAUCCCAAAUCCUCUGAAAUGUGAGGCGAACGGAGAGCGACGGGACUGAAACACACGCAUCUGCUGGGAUCGGCCUUCUGAAACUCUCUGUACAUACACUCGUGUGUUUUAAAGGGCUACGCGGCCCUCACACUUUUCUUUCUCAGGAUGGCAGAAUGUGUGCGUCAAAUGGAUCUUGCCUUACAAAUGUUUGCGUUGCCUUCCUGAGGGACUGUAAACCAGAUAUAUGUAUAAAAACAUUCAGCCUGUCUGUGUACAGUUCUGAAGCUACAUGGAUAUAUGGGAAUAUCUGUCCGCAGUGUGUAAAUGUGUGUUUGCACAGGUGUGACUGUACGUGCAUUUGCCAAAAUCUGCAAAGGAACGGAAAAUGAAGAGGGUGAUGAUGUCUGUUUUAUGAAAAAUGUGACUUUGCUUGAACUACUUUCUCUCUC